CCCAACCCACCUUUCUAUUCCGUCCCUCAGCACCAAAUAUGCCGUCAUCAAUCUCCGACCUCAUCUCCCAGCACCGCCCGGAGCUCGCCAGCUACGAAGAGCUCUACAAACACUUCCACGCCAACCCCGAGCUCUCCAACCAAGAGCACGAAACGGCAGCCGCCAUCGUCAAACACCUAAAGGAAAAGAUCUCCACCGACUUCGACAUCCGUCCUGGGAUUGGCGGCACGGGAAUUGCGGCGCUGCUUUGGAAUGGCGAGGGCCCGACGGUUUUGCUGCGCGCGGAUUUCGAUGCCCUGCCAGUGGAGGAGCGGACGGGCUUGCCGUAUGCGAGUAAGAAGAGGAUGAAGGAUGCGGAUGGGAUUGAGAAGCCCGUGAUGCAUGCUUGUAGCCACGACAUGCACAUCACCAGUCUUCUCGCCGCCGCCGAGACCCUGCACAAAUGCAAGUCAAGCUGGUCAGGUACACUGCUCCUCGCCUUCCAACCAGCCGAAGAGCGCGGCACCGGCGCCCAAGCCAUGGUCGACGACGGCAUGUACGACCCGAAACGCCACAACGUCCCUCUCCCCGACAUCUGCCUUGGCGCACACGUGAUGCCAGCGAGGACGGGCGUGAUAGGAACCCGGAGAGGCCUGGUUGCCACCUCGGCAGAUAGCAUGCGAGUCACGUUGCACGGCCGCGGAGGCCACGCGAGCAUGCCUGACCGCCUGAUCGACCCGGUCGUCAUGGCCGCCAGCACGAUCAUGAAGCUGCAGACGAUUGUGUCCCGCGAGGUGGAGUCGUGGGACAGCGCGGUGGUGACGGUGGCGUCGGUGCAAGCCGGGGAUGCAGAGAACAUCGUAGUGGAUGACGCGAGACUCGCGAUCGACGUGCGGACCAUCAACCCGACGACGAGGGAGAAGAUUCGCAAGUCCAUUCACCGUAUCAUCAAUGCGGAGAGCGUGGCGGGCAACGCGGUGAAGGAGCCCACGGUCCAGAUUACGCGCACGUUCCCGCUGACGGUCAACGAUGAUGCGGUCACGGCGAAACUGGAGGACACAUUCCGCGCACACUUCAAGGAGGAUAAGCAUGGGUACACGACAGAAAUCCCGAAACUGGGUGGCAGCGAAGACUUCAGCAUCCUCGCUACUGCCGUAGGCCGGCCGUACAGCUUUUGGAUGUACGGAGGCACCGAUACAGAACUCUGGGAUAAAUGCGAAGCCGAGGGUACACUGAGCGAGAAGAUCCCAAUCAACCAUUCCAGCCUGUUCUAUCCCGUCAUCCAGCCCACGCUUACCGUCGGAACCGAUGCUUACAUCGCCGGUGCUUUGACAUGGCUCUUGAAGAAAUAAGGCUCGAAACUAGCGAGGCCAGGGGCACAUAGGGAGGCACACGAGCGAGGUGACUUUCCAAACAGAUACCACCGGCGGGGCAGGAAAGAGGAGUGUGCCGAAGACCUUGCUAAUCAGUGCACCUACAUGUAGAUGGUCCGAGUAUCAUACAUCGUCACGCCAGGAAAGCAAGGUUUGGGACUGGGAUGAGCGUCCAGAUCAGACUGAAGCGACAAGAAACAUACACGUGAUAUGG